UGUGGAAGGGGAUUAUGCGGUGUGAAAUUAACACCGGACGCCUCUUUUGUUUUAAGUACACAGCACACGUAGCUUGAACCGGGAUUGGGUUUAAUGUUGCGUUAACAGGGAUAGUUACUGCCGCAGAGAGACUGAGUCAUGCUGGAGAUGUCAGCUCAGCACCGAGUGGGCAGACGCACAAUGUUAGAGCAGCCACAACAAAAAAAACACACAAAAUCUAAUUACCAAAGCCUGUCCGCUUUUUAGACAGACUUUGUGAUCAAUACAUAACUUCAUGGAGGUUUAAAAAGUUGACUUUGUCUUGCGUACAAUCAUUAGCCCGACACCGCCAGGGAAAGCGAAGUUGGCUGUUUGAAAUCGUUCUUUUUUUGACCCGUUUUCUGAAAGAAACUCUCCAGUCAAUCAAUAGACUUCUGCCGCUUCUCCUCUCACUUCUUAGCUGAUUGUCUCCUUUACCUCCAGGUCCCUGAUGGUCUGAAUAUAGCUAAAACAAAAUCAUUAAUCAUUAGCUGUUAACACUGAAAACUCCAAUGCCAAAUUGCCAAGUUUUUUGAGCGUGUCAAUAAAAAACUGAAUGCCAGAAGCUCAAACCUAGGGUUCCAAAUUUAGAAGGUGUGUUUUACAUCCUGGUUCAGUGUAUUCAUUGAAGAAAGACAUCUAGGAUUGGGGAAACGAUGGAUGAUACUUACAGGGACAGGACUACCCUGAUGAGGGGUGCGAAAGACAUUGCCCACGAAGUUAAGAAGCAAACGGCAAAGAAAGCCAACAAAGGAACAGAUCACACACAUGACGAAUACAACCAGACAUCUUAUGCCAAUUUUCAAAAUGAUGAACAUUACAACUACCGUGGAGAGAGUUAUGGAGAGGAACCUCAUGAAGAUGAAGGAUCAAGUGAUGCUACCGAAGGCCACGAUGAAGAGGAUGAAAUCUAUGAAGGUGAAUACCAGGGAAUCCCAGAUAUGGGCCAAAGGAAGGAGAACCAACUAGCCAUAGGACAGCCUGUCUCAGAUGAGUACAAGGAUCGCGAGGAACUGGAUGCUGAGAGGAGGGCUGAUGAGGAAGAGCUGGCACAACAGUACGAGGUGAUCAUUCAGGAGUGUGGGCAUGGCCGCUUCCAGUGGGCACUGUUCUUUGUGCUUGGGCUGUCUCUCAUGGCUGAUGGUGUGGAGGUGUUUGUGGUGGGCUUCGUCCUGCCAAGUGCCGAGACAGAUAUGUGCGUAGAAAACUCCACUACAGGAUGGCUGGGAAGUAUAGUAUACCUUGGGAUGAUGUUGGGGGCCUUUUUCUGGGGUGGUCUAGCAGACAAGAUUGGCCGACGGCAAUCCCUCAUCAUUUGCAUGUCCAUCAAUGGUUUCUUCGCCUUUCUUUCAUCCUUCGUCCAGGGCUAUGGGCUCUUCCUCUUCUGCCGAUUCUUCGCUGGAUUUGGGAUUGGAGGAGCAGUUCCAGUUGUGUUUUCCUAUUUUGCUGAAGUCUUGGCCCGGGAGAAGCGUGGUGAACACCUGAGUUGGCUCUGCAUGUUCUGGAUGAUUGGAGGGAUCUAUGCAUCUGCCAUGGCUUGGGCCAUUAUUCCUCAUUAUGGUUGGAGUUUCAGUAUGGGCUCGGCAUACCAAUUCCAUAGCUGGCGGGUCUUUGUUGUUGUCUGCGCUCUUCCCUGUGUCUCCUCUGUUGUCGCACUCACCUUUAUGCCUGAAAGUCCCAGGUUCCUGCUGGAGGUGGGGAAACAUGAUGAGGCCUGGAUGAUUCUGAAGCAAAUUCAUGACACCAACAUGAGAGCACGGGGACAGCCUGAGAAAGUAUUCACUGUCAAUAGAAUCAAGACUCCAAAACUGAUUGAUGAAUUGAUAGAGAUACAGACAGACACAGGCACAUGGUAUAUGAGAUGGUUUGUUCGGAUCAAGACUGAGCUGUAUGCUAUUUGGAUGACUUUCAUGCGAUGUUUUGACUAUCCAGUGAAGAAAAACACCAUUAUGCUGAUUAUUGUUUGGACAACUUUGUCAUUUGGCUACUAUGGUCUCUCUGUCUGGUUCCCUGAUGUCAUCAAACACCUUCAAGCUGACGAGUAUGCAUCCCGAGUGAAAAGGUUUUAUGGCGAAAGAGUUGUGGAUUUUGUGUUCAACUUUACUCUGGAAAACCAGAUCCAUACAAAUGGAGAAUACAUCAGGGACAGGUUUACUGUUAUGAAGUUUAAAGCAGUAACUUUUGAAGAUUCCCUCUUUAAGAACUGCUAUUUUGAAGAUGUCACGUCAUUAACUACAUAUUUUAGGAACUGCACAUUUAAUGAAACGUUAUUCUAUAAUACAGAUCUCGAGAUGUCUAAAUUCAUUGAUUGCCAGUUCAUCAAUACCACAUUUCUUCACAAUAAAAAAGGCUGCCAGAUUAAUUUCGAUGAGGACUACAGCGCAUACUGGAUCUAUUUUGUGAACUUCCUAGGUACACUAGCAGUAUUGCCAGGCAACAUUGUAUCUGCUCUCCUCAUGGACAGAAUUGGCCGCUUGACAAUGUUAGGUGGCUCCAUGGUUCUGUCAGGGAUCAGCUGUUUCUUCCUAUGGUUUGGGACCAGUGAAGCUAUGAUGAUUGGGAUGCUCUGCCUAUACAAUGGUCUGACCAUUUCAGCCUGGAACUCCCUUGAUGUGAUCACUGUGGAACUCUUGCCAACUGACAGGAGAGCAACAGGAUUUGGGUUCUUGAAUGCCCUGUGUAAGGCAGCAACUGUACUCGGAAAUCUCAUUUUUGGCUCUUUGGUUGGUAUAACCAAAGCAAUCCCCAUCCUGCUGGCAUCCACUGUCCUCGUCUGUGGAGGCCUCAUGGGACUCCGACUUCCUGAUACAAGAAACCAGGUUCUCAUGUGAUGGAUUUUUAGGUUGGCAGUGAUCAAGUGAGAGGUUUGAAUAAAAAUAGUCUCCAGUUUAAGACCAAAACAAUUAUUAUCACACACAAGUUUGUCACUUUUCCUGAAUACUCCUUCCUUUAUUCUGCGCUUUCUGAAAUUUUGAAAAUAAUGUGAUCAAUGGGGCUGCAGUCCACACACACGCACUUGUUUAUGUGGCUUAGAGAGCAUAAAGAGGAAAUAGUAAAUCAGUUCUGACAGCAGGUUUUUAAUCUAGUGUGUGACCAUUAUUCAGGUUUAUCCUCCCCUCUAUAAAUUCAAACCAUUGUAAAACUUUCAGUCAUAAUAAAUCAGCAAAUCAGUAAAGUUCUGAGGCAAGGCUCAAAGCAAACAAUGACAUGUUAUUAAUCCUACAGAGAAUGCUUGCAGCACCCAGAUGUGUUUAUUAUUCCAUUUCUUUAAUAUUGACAAAAUCAAUUUGUUCCAUUUGCUAAAACAGCUAAUUUUACCGAAGAAUGUUUGAUUUAAGUGGGAUUGGAGAAGAUUUUAAUUGCAAUGCAGGAAUCAAUUUCUAUCUGUAGCCCUUUUCUCUCUUUUUAGCAUCAUUUUAAAACUUGACACAAAUUUAUCUGACAGUGACAAUGAUGAAUAAGAUUAAUAAGGAAUGUCCCACAAAAACAAAAACUAGCCUCUUACAUUUUCUCUUCUGUCCUUUGUCAUAUUUCCAUUUCCCAAUGCAUUCGACAACAUGCUACAAAACAACAAACACUUCAAAAAAGCCAAUUCUUAUGUAAAGAGACUUGAAAUAUUAUAAUAGGAAAUAUUAUAACGUGUUAAAAAUGUUGACUGUAAAUGCACUAUAUUGUCAUUUUAACCAAGAAUGUACAGAAUCAUCUAUAUAGUUAUGUUAUUUUUACAUACUUUUAUACCAUCUCAUGUGAAAAGAAUAUCUUGCUUACUAAAAUCAAGAAUUUAGAAAAAAUCACUGGUUAAACAUCAAAACCCUAUAAAGAGUCCAUUUGUUCAUUUGAAACCUAAAUGGCCUUUGACCUCAUGUUCGCCUGUAAAAUAUGCAUUGUGCCUGUUGUAGCUUGAUCUAUAUAUAACGUAUUGUUUCCAUUUCAUUUGUAAAUGUCAGCGACGGACAUUAAUGUUAAAUAUAAUUUAAAGAUUAUCUGAAUAAUGAUUUUAUAGGAAUUAUUUCCUGUCUUAUUUUAAUUCUUUGCAUUUGACUGUUUUUGCAUAGUUUUGUGAUGACUGGUCAAACACAGGCUAGAAAUUUUACUAGAGCGGCUCCUGUUCUGCUGUAGUAAUAAAUAAGUGUGGCAGAAAGCACAGGAGCCAGACAGCAAAACAAAGGAGAAUCCAAACCAUAGUUUAGAUUUCCCAAACUAAACCUUCCAUUCGCUAUUACUAAACUACACAGCUGGUGAUUAGGUUGAACUUCCUCCUAUUAUGGUACAGUUUUCUCUGCCGAUUAGCUUUACUAAAAACAGAUGUGAAGAUAAAGCGUUGUUACUUUUCUUCUUAUAGAAAAGUAACAAUGCUUAAUCUUCUAUAAUGAGCUAAUGGAGGAUAAUUUAGCACACUUACAUCAAAAUAUUGACAGUGUCUUAAUAAAUUGUACUUUUUUAACAGUCUGGGGAGGAGGUAACCUUCUUUUGUUAAUUAUUUUGCUAUUUAAUACAAUGGCAAACAACUUCCAUUUAUGUAGCACCUCUCGGACAGUAAAGACAUCCCAGAGCACUACAUUGCUCAGUUGUGAAGUAAGAACAAAGGAAAUUAAAGCAUUUUAGAACACUUUUCCCUAUUUUUCAUCUUUGACAAGAUAUCAAACACUAGAUCUUCUGCUUCUCACAAACCAUUUUUCGCCUUCUACCAAUUCUCUUUCCCAGUGAUGUUAAUGGAAGGAAAAUAUUGGCUGGGUUGUACAUCAGGGAGCUAAACUAAAAACACCCAAUCACCUCCUCACUAAAAGUCCUGCCCAUUAUUCCAGUUCCUUUUCUAAAUCCAAAAUUGCAAGAAAAUUAUUGAAAAAUUGGUACUGUAAAUUACCAGCAGAAAUUUGAUUGCUGUAUUCUCAUUGGAAGAAAGAAAUAAGAGUUCCAAAGCUGGCUAGCAAGGUCCAAACAACUGUGGCAACUGAUCAACAAAAUAUCACAGAACUGCAGAGCUUAAUAAGGUUUUUAAGUAAUCUGGCUCUCUUACCUAAAGUCUAAUAAGUAUUUUGGAGAUUACUAUGACUCUUCUUUUUCUAUUGGUCUCCUCCGUAACAUGUUAAUCUGUUCAAAUACACAUUUAGCUUGUAUUGAAAAUGGAUUUUGAGCUGGUUUAUCUGUUACUUAUGCUUGUAUACAACAUUUGUUUAAGUCUGACCUCCAGUGGACAAUAUAAACACAGCACCAAUUGCUUUAAAAUGAAGUGAGUUCCCCUCAAGAUCAAUUUGGAGGCUGUACCGUGUAAUUUUUUGGUGAAUUUACUGUCAGCUUAAUAACCUAAGUACCAUUCCCUCCAGUUGUCAACCAUUAGUUAUUUGGAAGUGAGCAGGAAUUCUUUAGAACACUGGAAAAGUCAAGCCUAUCGAAUUUAACUUGUUGGACUUCAUCUAUUAAUUCCCUAAUACUCUUGUUACAAUGUACAGCUUCAUGUUGAACAUACUUAAUGUUUUCUGCUCAACAUUUGUUUCCUGGGAAGUCAUCCCUCUGGCAUAAUGGAAAGUGGAAUAAUCCCAUUCUUUCUUGAAAAAGUAGCAAAUUCUUAAACACUGUGUACUGGAAACUUAAAGAUCAAGUUCUUCAAGGAGCGAAAAUGUGUUAAACCAGUGUAUGGCAAAAGAAAACUGACCAAGGAGAUCACAGAACAUUCAUGGAGUUGGGUAUCGAUUCUUUCAGUUCAGAUCAAGCAGCUCCUUUAAUUUACCAAUGAAAUUCACAUUCUGAUCUCCAUGGGACUCUUUGUCAAGCUGUUCAUUCUAAGUAUUCCAAAUAAACAAAGGGAUUUUAGUUCUUUCAUUGUCAGGUUUAAGUCUCUUAGGAUAAGGAAGUGCAUAAAGAUUAACUUAAUUGGCAUUAUUCUGCAAUGUAUAAUACUCAAACUGCUUCUAUGUAAAAAUUAGAAUUUUUUUGUCUGUAUCUUCCUCAUGUCUUGGUGUUUUAGAUAUGCUUAUGUGUUGUAGAUCUAGUAUAUAAUUCUAAUUGCCGUUGUUUCUCUGCAUUUGUGAAUUUACAUCUGUCUCUGCCAGGGCCAUCGCCAGAGUUUAGUAGGCCAGGGAGACAAAGCUCUUUACAAAGUCUAUAGCUUAAUACAGUAAUGCUGAAAUUUGUAUUAUAUGAUGGUAUACAAGUUAAUAAAACUGUGUACAGUCUGUUCAAAUAAUGGAUUCUAAAAUGUGACACAUAUGGAAAAUAAAGGCUGACAGCUACCAAAUAUCCAAUAGAACAAACUAUUCACAAAUUAUAUAUAACCUCUUUAGAUUCUUAUAAUAUGAAUCCAAUAUUAUCUUAUAGGAUAAACGGAAAAUCCUAUAGGAGCUCUUUGUAAUGCCUAUGCAGGCUUUAUGCCAAAAUUUUUGUAUGUAGAUAGAUCUGUGCAAUUCUCCCUUUAGUCUUCUUAGAAGGUUUUCUACAAAUGUAAUUAAAAUGGAAAAAUAAAUGUCUGUAGGCUUAGCAAGAGCUAAUUUGUCAAUUACAUUUCCACUGUUACUGACCAUAUGUUUGUUGUAAGUAUUUCAGCACCGUCACUUUAUAUGCUUCAAAACAUAGAAAAUUGAGGAAAGAUUUCUUGUGGAGCAUGAGGGCAACAGUUUGUAGACAUCUGCUGAUAAGGACAGACAGUAACUUUUGUACAUUUUGUGUCUAUAAACUAUUUAGUAGAAAAGGAGUCUAACAGCUAUAAGCAUAGCCAAAAAGUCAGACCAGAUCAUAGAUCUUCUCUGCGGAAAUCAUGAGAUGCAUUAAUCACCAUGUGUCAUAAAUCAUAAAAUGAUUGAUAACUGAUGAACAGUAGAUUUUACCAAAUCCCUGUUAGUUUUGCUAUUGUAGAGUUUAGGAUUCAGAUCAUAUUUCUCAUUUCUAAGCAGACUUACGCAUUCAGACUGUGAUAAUGCUGAUUAAAACCUAUGGUUGAAAGUGAAAAAGGUAUUGCCAUCUCAUUGAAACAAUAAAAUAUUGAUGAUAGAAACAAUACACUUUAUGUAAAUUUAAAGUGCAUGCCCUGUGUCUUGUAAUAUAAUCUUGUUCUGGAUGACAUCUUAAACCCAUAGCACCUGCUGAAUACUUGCAUUCUAAAUAUAUAAGAGUUCAAAUUGCAUUCUGCAUUGUUUUCAUAAAAUAACCUACACUUUCCAAAUUCUCUAUUUCAACUCCCAUUUAUCCUUAACAGCAUUGCAUUCCUGUGUACUUAGUAUAAUGCAUACAAGAGUGCAAGAUACAUUUUAUCGAUCGUUGCUGGUGAAUUAAACCUCGACUAAGUAAGACAGCAGAAAUACUGCACGUGUUGGGAAUCAAAACUAAAAGAACAGAAAAUGCUAAAAGUACUCAGCAAGUCAGGCAGCAUCUCAGGAGAAAGAAGCGGAGUUAACAGUUCAUUAGAAUUGAUACUUCUUGAAUUGUUUUUGAAAUCACUGCUGUCUGAACAGCCCUACAUGAAUCAAUUAUUCAGGUUAUAAAAUAUUUUUACAUUUUGUUAUGGAAUAAUGCUGCAUAUAGAUUAUUCUUUUAACAAAAUGAUUAACAUUCACAUUCAUACUUAAAUAUUUUCCUCUCUUUAUAAAACUAACUCAAAAGUCUGAAUAUAAGUUCAGAACUCUUUGUUUAACUCCCAUGCCCCAAAAACAUAAUCUUUUUAGGUAUUGUUAUUCUUUAGGAGUUUUAACAACCAAAUUUUCGGGCUUUCUAACAAAUUAUUGAGUUAAAGAUUUUCAUAAACUAUAACAACCUGUAGCAAACAUAAUCCAUGAUUAGAUUGCCCCAUUUUUGUAAAGUCUAGCUAGAACUUGCAACUAGUGGCAUGAUUGAAAUCACAAGCUCAUCAAGACAAAAUUGGAACCUAGUUACAGUAAAUUAGAACUCUCAUGAGGUUUCCCUUAGUAUGGAUUUUGCCCCUGAAGUUAUACUAACAAGACCUGAAUUACUAUGGAUCUAACUACCUUGGCCUUAAAGCCUGAUUGUUUCUAGAUUAAAACUGAUUUAGAUUUCCUUCCCGAAAAUGUGAGUGCAAAUGUACAAUAACUGAAAAAUCUUUACUCCUGUUUGGUUUCAGUGAUUUUAAAAGAAAACAUUUUUUGAGUAUUCCGAAGUUCAAUUUUCAAAUAUUCAACUAAUCUCCUUCAUUCUAUUGAUCUGGCCAGGAUCUAGCUUGAACAAUGCCCCCUUUCAUUUGCAGAAUCAUUGGAAGCCCAACGUCCCCGCAGUGACAGAAGUCUGGAGCAAUUUAGUGGUCCUCAGCCCCUUAGCUUACCAAAAGUCAGGAGCAGGGCAGCUACUGGCACUGCUCAGAGUAUUGCCUCUGGAUCCUUGGAUACAAGUGAGUGAGACAGAAUGGGCCAAUGUUAACAGAAAGAAUAGGGACGGGCAUUGGGUGGCUUUCAGCUGAUCCCACAGAUUCCCAAAUCAGAAAUGAAAGUGCUGGGUGACCUUUGAAAUCACAGGAGAGCCAUCCAAGUUCUGUUAUUGAUAUUCUUCCAAUCAGAGAUGUUAUUACACAUCUCUGGAGCAGGUGGGACUUGGUUCAAAGGUAGGGAUAUUACCACUGCACCAUAACAGCCCUUAAGUCCUGUUACAUCGCUCAGCUAUGCAUAAGGUCCAAUAGGAACACAGAUAAGCAGUGUCAUGUGGCUAAUUAAUAAGUCUAAUUGAUAUCCAGUCAUGGUCAGGCAGGAUUCACAUACUGCAGCCAUUGUCUCCCAGUGUAACUGAGAGCAGUUUCUCAAUGCUGAGAACUCAGUGCAGAUAUCCCCCAUCUGAUUCCCCUGGCCCUAUCUCCUGUGCUGCAGCAGACUCGAUAUAGGCAUGGAUUGGGUCUGACUUAAAGUGACAGCAGCCACUUUUCCGACUCAAACUCUUCCAACCACCCCAUUUCCAGUAGUCAUUAAGCCUGGGUGACAAUUCUGAUCCAAGGAAAUGGUUUGAAAUUUAACUUUAUUGGGACUGCAAAGGUUUUAACUUUGCUUUCAGCUGAGGUUCCUAUAGAUCUGGAAAGCUGACAGGGUUCCUCCAGGUGAGGUCUUGGUAGUUUCUGAAAGUAUGUUCACAUCUACAUUCUAGAUCCAGGUGCCUGCCUGAAAACCUUCAUUUUAAGGACCAUGCCAACAGCCUCCACCCAGGCCUUCAAACUGCCAGCCCCACCACACUUCCAGGCCCCAAUUUCUGCCCGCCCACUCCACCAGGACCCAAACAGAGCUGUUGAUUCCUCCACUGUGAUGUCUGCAAUCAAAAGUUCCUACCCUGCUUCUCUGAGGACCUGGCCUCUCACCCCUGAAAUUGGCAGCAUAUCUCCCUUCCCCUCCCAAAUUGUCCCGCUUCCAUUGCACCCACACCUUUGGUCCUCUCAUCAUCCUUAGGCCUUUGCUCUGGUUAGCUACCCAUCCUUGUUCCCAGCACAGUCUGAGCUGCUGCUGUGACUAUCAAUGACCUUGUCCUCAACCAAUUGAAGGCCUGGUUGUCCAUCAGGCUAAGCCUCCAGUUGAGGAACCAAUUACUACGACCACUACCAUGCAUUAGAGUUAAAACUCCAUUGCAAGUGUGGGCAGAAAACUGAGUUGUGGAUUCCCUUCCAAUUUUAGCUCAGUUUGCUGGAUGGCUGGUUUGUGAUGCAAAUUGAUGGCAAUUUUCCCAGGAGAUUAGCACUAAGAUCCGUCCUUUUCAACCUUGCCCCUUGCCUGAGGAUUAGUGACCCUCAAGUUAAAACAUCACCAGUCCUCUCACUCUAGUGAGAGAGCAGAUCUUUGAUCUUGUAAGACUAUGGCAAAUUUACCUUAUCUUUUGUAAUUAGCCAGCUUCCUGUGGUUCAGGUCAGUAAAAAUUCUGCCCCAUGUAAUUCUUUCAUACAGUUAUUGUCUUUGUCUGCACAAGAAUAUGUAGGGAAGGCCAUCAGAGUUAUAUGAACUCUAUCAAGAACAAAUACACCAGAUUAUCCAUUAAAAUUAAAUUAAGUUGCUGUCAAUUAAAUUGUAACUUGCAUGGCAAAACCAGUCUCAAAAACUGAAUUGAGUUUGCCUCUAGCCAUACACCUGCUCUGCUAUGAUUUAGAUUUUUUAAAGCCUGGCUUUUGGUCUAAUGAUCGCUGUAUGAUCCAUGUUGGGUAAAGUUUUUACAUGUGUAAUCCUUGAGCAUUCUUUUUACAGAUGUACCACUAAAUGGAGACAGGCAAUGAUACUUAAUUUACUUAAAUCAGUUUAUAAAACAGAACAUAUAGAUCAUGAAGGGACUUAUGGCUAUAUAGCAGACUCGUUUAAUUUGUAUUGUAUGCGACUAUCCUAUCCUUAAUAUUGGCGAUUGCCCUGACAUAUAAGUCUACAUGUUACUCCAUGAAAGUUUUGCAAGAUAAGUGACCCCAACAACCACCUACUCUGUGCGCUUGCUAUUGUAUGUCAGUUAAUUGUGUACAAGUCUUGAUUUUUUUUUCUAUUAAAGUUGUCCAAAACUGGGAUGCAUCUUGCUGGUAUGCUGCACCAAUGGGAUUUCUGUACACUGGAACUACAAUGUGUUUAGCAUAAAUUUCUUGAAGUUGUGUCUAUAUUCAUGAAAGGGCAUGUCAAAUGUACAGUCUAAAUUAAAAAUGUGGGUUUGUGAAUAAAAAUAAUUGCCAAAUAACUAUCAUUGAUGUAAUAAAUGAAAAGGUUUAAUGUGAGCCACUUGAAAGCGAGAGCAUUUUUGCUCUGUGGUACUAAAAUAAAUAAAACAGCAAUGUUCUCAUUAGAAAUAAUCUGCAACUGAGUUUUCAUUAAUGGUGAUGUUCCUAAACUGGUGAUUGGAAGCUAAAAGAGCUCACAUUUUUGAAGAAAUCUGAGAUUGCAUUGGCUGUUAUG